AUAUGAGAGCAGAAAUGCACAGUUGGAAACAUAUGGAAGUAUGAAUCACCUGGAUCACAUUAUAUACUCAGACAUCAUAAAACAUCAUCAUUUCCCUAUUUGAAGUAAAAUUUCUCCACAUUUAAGACAAUGCUAGGCAAUGAAAGCUUCACUCUUUAAUUACCUUUAUAAAUACAGAAUACCUCAUUCCUCUGGUUUCCAUCUUAUGCUCUUUGUGUAUCUAACAUUAAUAUUUUGUUUUUUUGUUUCUUACACAUUCUUAUAUUUUCUCGAUUUGUCCGUGACUCUAUGGAAAUUCCAAACAAGCAUGUUUCUACAUUUAUAUUUUUCCUUGGAUUGGCUGUUUUGCAUGGAAUUCAGUAUACAGAAGAGAGACAUUUGAAAAUUACUUCGUUAGAGAUUAUGUCAACUUAUAUGAAUCCUGAGGCUGAGAAUUCUAGCAUUGUGGUCACAUAUACACGACGUAGUGUUCUUCAAAAGGCGGUCAUCACCCACCCCACAGACUUCAGGUCGACAAAUCCGGGCAACAGCCCAGGUGUUGGACACUCUCAUGGACGACAUUGAUUUGGGUAUCAUAUCAUACGUCACAAUUUAUAUCAUAUAGAAAAUUAUAUGUAUUUUUCGUGUAAACUUGUCAUCUAAUUCUGAAGGGAUGUUUGGACAUCACUUUACCAUUUCAAUGUUUUGACAGUACUAUGAUAAUCAUGUCUUUGUCGUGGGUUUGCUCCACUGUCAUGUUUGUAAAAUUAUAUAAUGAAUAAAUCACUUUGCGAAGAAUAUAAAUUAAUGAAAAAUAUCUUGCUAA